CCCAACACAACACCGCGACAACACAAGGCCGGAGCGGCUGAUCUCACACUCACAGCACUACUUCCUCCGUUCUCAUUCUCCACUGCCGCAGUGCCGCUGCUGACGAGUGACGAGCACCGCGCACGCGCCGCAUCCACUCCACCUCGCACGCGAGUACAAAUCCCAGACCUGAGAACCUCCUCGCCACCAGCCCCACGCCCGCAGAUCAGUACACUCGUAGCAGCAGCGGCGGUAACUGAAGCGGGAGGAUGAACGGCUACCGCAACCUCGCCUCGUCCCCUCCGGCGCCCAGCGGCGGGGAGCCGGAGCCAGCCCGGCCCCCGGCGACGGCGAAGGAGGGCAAGUGGGAGGGGGCGGCGGUCGGCGCGGCGGCCAUGGUCAGGAACCUCUCGUCCGCCUCCCAGAGGUUCGCGGCCGUGGAGCGGAGCAAGUCCACCGGCGGCCACCGCGGCGGCGGCUUCCAGGCGGUCGUGAGGCGGGCCUUCUCCAUGCGGAGGCAGCCGGCGUCCAGCCUCUCGGAGGGGUACUGGCGGAUCCACGACGGCCUGGAAGACGGCGACGACGACGCCGAGGCGCCCGAGGAGGUCGACGAGCAGAAGAAGCAUCAGGUGGCGGAGGCCGUAGAGCCGGAGGUGCAGGGAGACGCCGCGGCGAGCAGCGACGAGAUCGGCAAGGAGAGGAAGAAGAAGAAGCGGGGUCACAUCUUCAAGGCGUGCAAGAAGCUUCUUGGCUUCAAACAUGUUUAGUCUAGUCAACAAGAAGCUUCUUGGAUUCAAGAUCCAUGGACGCUCUUGAUGUGCUUCUGUUUUGGAUCUUGUUCUUGUCUCGUUCGUCGUUUUGAGUAAAUAAAGAGCUUUGGUUUCGUUGACUUGAA